AUGCUCACAGGUGGGACUGGCCCCCCAGCUCUGACUCCAGCCUUCAGCAUGCUCCUCGGGGAACCCACCACACCCUGGGCCUCAGUUUCCUACACUGUGCCUCAUCUCCCAGGCCGUUGGCAUGAACAAGGAGGUCCCAGUUCCCAAAAGUUCUGGGCCACUCUGUCCCUCUGCGGUUUGGACCAGCUGGGUCCGCACAAAAGGAUGCCCAGUCCAGGAGCCACAGCUCCCCUUGCCUCUGCCUCCUCAGCUCAGGAGAUGGGCCAGGAAGUCAGCUCUCCAGGGACUCCCCUGGUGACAAGGCUUGGCAUCCCAUCUUCACAGGCUGGGGCACCUCAGGAAGUGAAGGGACCCAGGAGGGCAGGCAUGUCCCAGGCCGCAGCACCCCUCCCCUGCGUCUCCCUCGGCCCUGGGCAGAAAGAGCACGCACACUCUCUGCCUCAGUUGGUGAGACCUGUCGGUCUGACUUGUGUGGAGUUUCAGAAGUCAGCAAAGAGCUUGGCCUGA